ACGAAAUGGAAACAGUUUUUAGUGCGUUUUUGAAAACGUUUGAUCAACAAAUCGAAUUUUGUCGUCAUUAAAGUGCUGUAAAGCGUUGCAAACAAGUCCACAAGUCGUUGCUGCCUGGAAAAAAAAAAAGUUUUAAUUCUUCUUUAACUAAAUACAAGCUUAGACGACGGAAAUAUAAAAUGGCUUUUAAGGUUAUUUUCGUUAUUGCCGCAUUGAUUGCUUGCGCGCAUGCCAAACCCGGUGGCCCGGCUGCCUACUCCAUCUCCGCACCGAGCGUGGAUCAUGCCUCUGUGGGCAGUUCACAAGAGCACACGGUGAAGGGUCAUUAUGGUCAAUCCUCUCAAUCGGACUACUCUAGCGCCGUACAGACUGCGCAUUCACAAUCGCAUGUACAACGUUCGAGUAUCAGUAAUGAUGCCGGCAUUGCGCCACAUGUUGGUGGUCACGUUAUCGCCGCCGCUGCUCCCGUUGCGCAUGCUUAUGCGGCUCCCGCCUACGCUGCGCAUGCAUACGCUGCUCCAGCAGCAGCUCUCAGUCAUAGCUAUGCCACCGCACCUGCUUUUACAUUGGCCCAUGCUGCUCCGGCCUACUCUCAUGGAAUCGCUUAUGCUGCUCCGGCAGCGAGUUAUCAUGCGCCAGCUUAUAGCUACCAACCUGCUCACGCAGCUUCCGCUCCAGUUAUACAAUACGCUGCUCCUGCACCUGCUUAUGGACACUAUGCUGCUGCGCCGCAUAGCUAUGUUGCUGCUGCCCCCGCUGUGAAAUAUGCUUCGGCACCAGGUUAUGGACUCGUCGGACACGGCUAUCCCAUUGCAGCACCAGCCUUGGCGCAUUACCCAGCACCGCUAGCUGUGAAAGCCGUCGCCGCACCCGCUCUAGUGCAUACCGCCGUUGCCGGUCAUGGCGUGCAUUACGGUUACUAAACAAGCAAAUCAACAAUCGCUGAAAUUAGAUAGAGAAAGAGUUUAGGAGUGAGUGAGUUAGCAGCAGCACUGGUUGUGGGCGUAGGGCGCGAUGCAGGUUGUUAUGGUUGCAAUCAUUAGAAAAUGCCAACUCCGACGCCGACGUCAACGCCAACAAGAUGAUACUAAAUAUUAAUAAUAUUAAUAAUAAUAAUAAAAAUAAACAACAGCAUAAGAACAAGAAAUAAAUAAGAAAAGAAGAAAAUAAAAAAAAAAAAACAAAAAAAAAACAAAAACAACAACAACAACAGCAAAAGAUGUAAUUCAAAUAUUACACUAUUAUGUAGACAAACAGCAGGAAAGUCAAUUUUAUUCUACAACAAAAACAAACACAACAACAUGUGAAACCACAGUGUUGUGACAACAACAACAACAACAACGAAAUCAGCGACAAGCAACAAACAAUGAAUAGCAAUUAAAAUAGAACAACAACAACAACAACAACAACACAAACACACACUCACAGCAUGCAUACAUAAAUACUAAGAAAUAUAAAUAAAGCCGCUGAAAAAAUGUGAAAGUUAAAAAGGGUCAACGAAAGCGUGGGCCCAGUGCCCCACGUGGGUUCAGCACUCAGCGCAGCUUGUAGCGUGGAAAAAUGUUGUAAAAAUAUGCAUGCAUAAUUUGUAAAUAACUUUGGCAUUAUAUUUUGCGUGUAAAAAUAAAGCCACAUAACAAACAUCAACAACAACAACAACAACAGCGCCCACAGUGAACACCUUGUUUUAGUUAAGACAAUAACAAUAACAAUUCACGUGAACAAAAGCGACCACUGUAGCCGAGGAUGUGGUUUUCCAAUGUAUUUUGCAUACAUACAUACGUAUAUAAAUAUAUAUGCAGUGUAAGCCACAACGCCCUAAAGUAUGCACUGCACUGCACUUUACAUACAUUUGCUUGUGAAGCGGAAAAUUACAAUGGACCAGGAAGUGCGCAAGCUGAGCUCUGUCCAUGAAAUCUGCGCAUACCACAUCCCUUACAUACAUACACGUACAUACAUGCAGCCACACGUAUGUGUGCAUUGCGGUCGAGUUCAUUUGGCGGUUUCGCGCAUUCCUUUCGAAUUGCUUUUCGAUUUCCACUACACGCCGCUCAGCAUCCGCUGCAAUUUGCAUUUAAUUCUGUUUUUUAAUUGAAAUGAAAUUUUUUGCUUUUUUGCAUUUUCAGUUUUCAGUUUUCAUUGCUUUUCAUAAUUCUCAAAUACCUUUUUAUAUCUCUUUAUUUAUGCGUUUGUGGUUGCUUUCAUUUUUUUGUUGAACUUGUCGGUUCGCACAUUGUUUGUUCUAUUCUCUUAAAUUUAUAUUUCUUCACUCUAUAUGUAUGUCUGUAUGUUGUUUUAUCGCGGUUGAAUAAAUGUGUAAAGUUUUUAUUUUCUAUUUGAUUUUGUUUUUGUAAAAUACGUAAAUACAUAUCACACUUUCUCUUUCACGCUCCGAGUGCACACGUUCAUUUUUGUUUAAUAAUUUCUUUUGUAUAUAUUCCCUCAUACUUACAUAUAUACUUUUAUAAAAAAAAAAUAAAGUUAUAUGAAAUAUUUGAAUAAAAUGAAUGUCUCGCUUUUGUGGAGAAAGCCAAUA